CGGGAAACCAAGGUAGUAAGCCGUCUCCUUGUGUGAUAUUUAAUUAUUCGUGGUUAUGUCAAGUCAAUAUGUUAUUUGUCUUUUGUUUCUCUAGUCUAUCCAUAGAAUAAAGAUACUAUAAUAGAAUCUAUCAUACUAAUUCGCUUUCAUCUCUACCAGUUGAGUAUACCGAUCUAUGAUUCUUCACUAAAAUAGUAAAAUUGAAAAAUUAAAUUAAAUCGUGGAAUUAUUUCUUGAUUAAAAAUUAAAAAUGUCUAACGAAACAGGAAAAGCGAAACUUUUUGUUAAAAAACGUGGUAAGUAAAUGGAUUUUAAAUAUACCUAUACAUUAAUUGUACCUAUUGUAUUUAAUAUUAAUAUUUGUUUAGAUGAAAAAUUGGAAGAAGUACAAAUGGAUAAGAUCACCUCACGAAUUGAAAAAUUAUGUGAUGGCCUUAACAUGGAUUUCAUCGAUCCGGUACCUUAUUAUUUAAUAGUUUAAUAUUAUUUAGAAGUAUUAUUAACUUGUUAUUAUUAUAAUAAUUUUUCUGCACCUUAUGUUUUAUCAAAACUUGUGUCGUGCAAUGUCUAUAUUUGACUUAGAAUUUACAAUCAUUUUUAUUUCAAAAUUAUAUAGAAAUAUUUUAAAUGAAAAAGAUUUGUACCUACAUUUACAUGGUGAUUAAUUUAUUGUAAGACUCCUUAUUUCAAAAAAGUAUCAACUUUUUUUAGAAUUUGUUUUAUAGAACGUUUAAUAAACAAGCAACUCUACAAUUUUACAUUUAUGUUAUUUUUGGGAUUAAAAUCACUACCUACUUUUAUUUUCAAAUGGUAACCUAUAUUCAAAAUUCCAUCAAAAAAUAUUUGUUAAAAUACAUUUUUAUGUUGAAAUUUUCAAUUUCAGUUAAUCCAUUAACUAGAUAUUCUAUUUAAUAAAUGUUUAAUAUAGAUUACUGUUGAAAAUUGAAAAUAGGUAGUAGGUUUAACCCCAAAAAUAACAAAUGUAAAAUUAUAGAGCUGCUUCUUUCUUAAAUGUUCUACGAAACAAAUUCCAAAAAAAGUUAAUACUUUCUGAGAUAAUUAGUAUCUUACAUUAAAUUGAUCUCCCUGUAUAUAUAAAUUUAAAUGUUUUAAUACUUUUUUUUUUACUUUUAGGCUGAAAUUACAUUAAAUGUCAUCAGUGAUUUAUGUCCAGGUAUAAGUACUGUCCAAAUUGAUAAUUUAGCUGCUGAAACAGCUGCGUAUCUAACUACUAAACAUCCAGAUUUUGCUGUCUUAGCUGCACGUAUUGCUAUUUCAAAUCUUUAUAAAGAAACUAAAGACAAAUUUAGCGGUAAACUAAUUCUUUGACAAUAUUAUAUACCUAUUUUACGUACUUAAAUAAAUUAUUACAGAUGUAAUUAAUGAUUUGUAUAACAUGGCUAAUGAACGUAAUCAAAAUCGUAUGGGAAUUAUAUCUGAUUUUCAUUAUAAUGUUAUCAUGAAACAUGCUGAUCGAUUAAAUAAUGCAAUUAAACAUGAUAGAGAUUCUACUUAUAGUUAUUUUGGAUUUAAGGUAAAUAUUUUAAAACAAAUUUGUUUAUAGUAGAGUCAAUAAUGUAAUAUUUUUUUUAUAUUCAGUCAAUAAAAUUGUAUACAAAACAAUAAUGAUAAUAUUUUAAACAUAAAGUUAAUAGUAACAAUUUGCCUACUUUAAAAAUGUAUUAUAUAUGAUUACGGAAAGGUUAUCAACUUCGUUUAAUAUUUCUUCUGAUUUAUUUUUUUUUUUUUUUUUCAGACCCUAGAAAAAUCAUAUUUAUUGAAAAUAAAUAAUAAAGUUGUAGAACGUCCUCAACAUUUAUUAAUGAGGGUUUCAAUUGGAAUACAUGGAGAAGAUAUUGACUCUGCUAUAGAAACAUAUGAUUUGAUGUCAUUAAAGUAUUUUACUCAUGCUUCACCAACAAUGUUUAAUGCUGCUACACCUAAACCUCAACUUUCAAGGUAUUAUAAUUUUAAUCCUACUAGUAUUUCCUUGUAAUUACUCAGAGUUGACUUCCUUUCCUUCAAUCAAGACUUUUAAUAAUUAGCCACUCAAUCCAAGUAAAAUUAAAUUAAUCACUAUUCUAUAUUUUUUGUUAUGUGUAAUAUAGUAGGUAGAUUUCAAUUAUCAAAAUAUUAUGUUUAGUUGUUUUUUGGUGGCAAACAAAUCAGAUUCAUUGGUUGACUUUUCUAAAUCGCUUAAAACUUGUGCCAAAAUUUCCAAAUCUGCUGGUGGUAUUGGUAUUCAUAUGCAUAAUACAAGUGCUGCAGGUACACUAUUGAACAACUAUCCAAAACAGAAAUCACCUGGACUUGUAACACGAUUACAAUGUUUCAAUGAUUUGGCCCAAUAUGUUGAUCAAGGUGGAAGAGUAUGUAUUUAUUUAUUAUUAUUUAAUAUUCAAAAAUUUGUUAUUUUAUAUAUAUUUUUGAUUGUAAACAGUAAUAAAAUAAAAAUAUUUAAUGUUCAAUUUUUUACUAUAUAGUGUUAAUAUAUAGUUGUAUAUAACUAUAUAUGUUCACGCUAAGAGGUACCACUAAAUAUUUCAGUUGGAUGAACUUUUAUUGGAAUGGAAUGAUAGAGUACCGAAAUACACAUUUCCAGACAAAUUUCAAAUAUUUAAUCCUUUUGAUACGUGCAUGCGCAAUACACCUUGCUUCUUUUUUUUUAAAUGGCAUGGUAACCCAAUUAUUUUUUUUUCUAUAGAUUUAGAUCAAAUAUUUUUGUAUAAAAAGUUUUUCUUAUUACAAAAUUGUCAAAGUUAUUGUAUGUUGAAAUUUAAUAUUUAUGAAUUAUCUGUUUGUAUUCUAUUUAAAUAUUAUAUCCGAAUUUGUAGAAAAAAUAAAUGGUGUUGCAAUUUUAUAAAAAGAAAGUUGUAUUGCACAUGAGCGUAUUAAAAGGGUUAAAAAUUCGAAAUUUGUCUGAAAAUGUAUAUUUCAGUACUCUAUCAUUACCUGAAAACUAUUUCAAUACAAGGUCAUUUGACCGAAAUACUUAGUGGUACCUCUUAGCAUGAAUACACUGUAUAAUUUAAACAGUAUUGUACAAACAUGUAAAAAGAAAUCUUGAUUGUUACUAAACUAUAUAUAAAAAAAAUUAUAAUAAUUAGAGAGCUGGUGCCAUAGCUGUCUAUAUUGAGCCAUGGCAUGCAGAUAUUUACACUUAUACGGAAUUACGUAAAAAUACUGGUAAUAAAGAAGAGAAAACUAGAGACUUAUUCUUGGCUCUUUGGAUACCGGAUGAAUUUAUGAGACGUGUGGAAGCUGAUCAACUUUGGAGUUUAAUGUGUCCUCAUAAAUGUCCAGGUCUAGCUGAUGUAUGGGGAGAUGAUUUUGUUACACUGUACAAAAAGUAUGUUUUUUGUUUAAUAUUAUGAAUUGUUUAUAAUAGGUUCUUUUUCAAAAGUGAUAUAAAUAUGUUAGGACUUUUUUAAUAAUUUUUAUUUUGCUUCAAAAAUUACAUAAAAAUAUCACACUUCAAGUUACUACUUAACAAAAUAUACAAAUUUUUUUCAUUUAUUAAAGAUAAUAUGAGCUUAAAUAAAUGUCUUUAUUUUUGGUUAAAAUAAAAUAUUUAUACUUCUGAGAUGUGGUUAAUGUUGUUACAAUUUAUUUUUCUACCUAAAAUAACUCCAUAUCUCAUAAAAUAUAAUCACAUGGGAACAAUUUUAGAACAUUAUGAAACAUUUAAAGUUGGUUUCUUAAAAUUUUCAUAUUUUAAUACAUCUUCUUUUAGGGGUGCUCUUUAAUCAAUAUCAAUUAUUUUACAUAAACAGAAUCUAAAAUUCAUUUAAUUGUUCAGUAAAACUUUAUUAGUGACUAAGACAUAUUUGGAAUUUAGCUUUGAGUUUGUAAUUUCUAAAUCCAUUAUAUUAUAUUAUAUUUUCUAUAUUUUAAAAUUGUGUUGAAUAUUUUUUUUUUUUCCUAAAUUAAUUUUCGGAUUUUUAUAUCCAUAUUAUCAAUCAUUGGUAAAUCCAGAUUAUUCCUAUUCCAGAUUUUGAGGAUAUUACUAAAAGAAAAACGGCUCAUAAUUUCAUAUGAAUAUAAUUAAUAUAAUAACAGCCUGUGCCAUAAUUUUUUUUCUUUCUAUGACUAAUAAUCUUAUGUAUGCUUUAAUUAUUAUAGAUAUGAAGAUAAAAAACUUUAUAACAGACAGGUAUCAGCAAGAGAAUUGUGGUUUCGUAUAAUAACUUCUCAAAUUGAAACUGGUAUGCCUUAUGUACUGUACAAGGAUGCAUGUAAUGCUAAAAGUAAUCAAAAAAAUCUUGGCACAAUUAAAUGUAGUAAUCUUUGUACUGAAGUUAUUCAAUACACUUCAUCAGAUGAGGUAAUUGAUUAUCAUAUUUACUAUUUGACUAAUGGUAUUAAUUUAUUUGCUACAACUUCUUAGGUAGCUGUUUGUAAUUUAGCUUCAAUUGCUGUGAAUAUGUUUAUAAAAUCCAAUGGGGAUUAUGAUUUUGAAAAACUUUUUAAAAUUACUAAAAUUGUUACCAAAAAUUUGAACAAAGUAAUUGAUGUAAAUUUUUAUCCUAUUAUUGAGGUAAUUAAAUGUUAUAUAAUAUAUUAUGAAUUGUCAUAUUUAUAGAAUAUUUUUUUUUUUUUUAAAUUUAGGCAGAAAAUUCAAACAAACGUCAUCGCCCCAUUGGAAUAGGCAUUCAAGGAUUGGCUGAUUUGUUCCUUUUGAUGCGAUAUCCAUUUGGCUCUCUUGAAUCACGAAAACUUAAUAUUCAAAUAUUUGAAACAUUAUAUUAUGGUGCCUUGGAAGCCAGUUGUGAAUUAGCUGAAAACUAUGGAACUUAUUCAUCAUAUCAAGGAUCACCAAUUAGUCAAGGCGUAUGUAUUUUAGUGCUGUAACAGUUUACACUUGUACUUUAAUAUAUAAAUGUGUACAAUGUUGUACCGUUAGUCUAUUAUUAUUUUAUUUUGUUUAAUCUUAUAUUUAUAUAAUAUUAUGUUGUGUAUUCAAUACUAUGUUUAUUUGUUUCGUUUAAUCUUAAUUGUAUGGUUGCUAUAUAUUUUUCAGUGUUAUUUUAACCGCUUUGUACCACUGGAUUUUGUACCCUUAUUUAAUUAUUUGAAUAAAUAUUAUUAUUAUGAUUAUAGAUUUUUCAAUUUGAUAUGUGGAAUGUUAAACCCACUAAUCUAUGGAAUUGGGAUAAAUUAAAAGAAAAAAUUACAAAAUAUGGUGUAAGAAAUUCAUUAUUAUUAGCACCAAUGCCAACUGCAUCAACAGCACAGAUUCUGGGAAAUAACGAAUCUAUAGAACCAUACACAACAAAUUUAUAUUAUAGACGUACUCUCAGUGGAGAAUUUAGUGUUUGUAAAUUUUAUUUUUAGUAAUAAACUAUUAAGUAAUAAAUUUAUUUUAAUUGUUUGGUUCAGGUUGUAAAUCGUCAUUUAUUAAAUGAUCUUAUUGAGCUUAAUCUAUGGAAUGAGGACAUGAGAAAUAAAUUGAUUUACUAUAAAGGAUCAGUACAGGUACCAAUAAAUAUUAAUAUAAUAAUCUGAUGAUUAAUAUUAGUAAAAGAAUUAAUUAUUUCAAUAGAAAAUAGAAAGUAUACCAGACAAUAUAAAAGAAUUGUAUAAAACAAAUUGGGAACUAUCACAAAAAAUUGUAUUAGAUAUGGCUGCUGAUCGAGCUGCAUUUAUCGAUCAAUCUCAAUCAUUGAACAUUCACAUUGAGCAACCUUCCAUUGGUAAAAUAUCAUCUGUACAUUUUUAUGGAUGGAAAAAAGCAAGUUAUCUUUCUGAAUAUAUUAUUAGAUAUUGUAAAAUAUAUGUAUUUAAUUUUUGGUUUUUUACAAAAGGGAUUAAAAACAGGCAUGUAUUAUUUACGAACUAGACCAGCUGCUGAUCCUAUACAGUUUACAGUAAAUAAAAGUACUCUAUCUAAUAAUGUUGCUAGUCAAACAGAAAAAAAUAAUUCAUUGGGAAUGCAAGAAUUGGUUUGUUCAUUGGAAAACAGAGACGCUUGCACUAUGUGUGGUGCUUAAAUUAUAAUUAUUAUUAAUUUAAAUUAUUCGUACAUAUAUAAUUAUUUUAUUUAAUACUUUUUAUACCUACAAUGCUAUUUUUUAUUUUUUAAUUAUUUAAUAUUUUAUAAAUGGUACACAAAUUUAACAGUAUAAGUUCACCAUUUAAUUGAAAUGGAUGUAAAAAUUAAUUCAUUUUCAUAAACAAUAUUGUAUUUAAUUUUUAUUAAUUGCUAUUUUUACAUUGAAUUAUAAUAUGACAAUUUACUUAUUAGCAAAAGGGUUAAGUUUAUUCAACCAACUCUGUUUUUCCUCUUUAAUUUCAUCACUAUUGUUUAAUUCUUCAAUUAAUUCAGCUCUAUACUUCACUUUCAAUGGCUCUUUUUUUACUUCACUGAUGUCAUCUAUAUCUUGUAGUUUUAGUAAUGCUUCAUUAAAUGUCAAUCCAUACCAUUCUAUUUCAUCAUGAGUGUAAUCUGCUAAGUAAUGUUUGUACUUAUCAUAUACUUCUUGUUGUUUUACAAAAUUAUCCGGAUAUAAUGUUUUAUCUCUUAAAGCCAUUAAAAUCUUACGCUUCAAUUUUAAUGUUAAUACCGUUUUUAAAUUACAUGCACUUGUUUUUAAUAGGUAAUGAUCUAAACCAUAACUUUUAUUAAUUAGAUCAAAUCCUCUUUGAGUUACUGUAGUAGACAUAUACUUAUUUAAAACUUCACUAUACACAACUGUUUUCUUAAGAGUAGGUGUCCAAAAAUAUGGUACCCGGCUCUUAUAUUUACCACCGCCUUGCUUGAAACCUUGAAUGACAGCUUCUCCUCCCCAAAUGCCAGAAUUCAUUGUUUUUGGAUAUUUUAAAGGUAUUGGUAUGUUCUGGACAGGAAUUACUGCUCCAGUUUUUUCAUCUCUGGUCCAUUUUCCCUGUUUGGGUUGAUAAUAAAUUGGUUCUGGAGUCUGAUGACGCCAUUCUUUAUAGAAUUUCUUAUAUGCUUCUGGAAGACGAUUACCAAUACCAGAACUGAUUCUAGUUUUUUUUGGUAUAUACAAUAAUUUUAAUCCGUUAGCUAGUCUGGAUUCCAUAUUUAAUAUUAUCCUAAAACAAUAGUUAUAUAUUAAAU